AUGGUUUCAUCUGGUUCUUCAGUGCGCUUGGCCAUGGCGGCCUUUAUGGCCCUCAUGCUGGCCCUUGUGUCUGCCUAUCCAGCAUCCCUAUCGGUGCCCCAGGCUUAUAGAUCUCGUGGACUUCCUGAGGCCCCCAGCGUUGAUCCUUUCUAUCAACCGCCGGCUGGCUUUGAGUCUGAGGAACCCGGAACCAUUCUACGUCAACGGAGUAUAUCGGUCGCUUUCCUGGGCCUCAUCCCAGACCCAGUGGAGGCCUAUCAGCUAUUGUACCGCACAACUGCCAUCAAUGGCUCAGCUAUUGCAACUGUGACUACGAUCUUCAAGCCUACCAUCCCCAAAACAGAUCGAUUUGUCUCCUUCCACACGGCAUACGAUAGUGCUGCCACAAUUUGUGACCCCAGCUAUAAUUACCAACUUGGCGCGGCACAGACCGAUAUUAUCUCCUCUGCGGAACAAUUACUUUUGCAGGUCUACCUGCUUCUAGGCUACAUUGUUGUGUCGCCCGACUACGAGGGUCCCGAUGCAGCCUUUGGGCCUGGUCGUCUUGCAGGAAUGGGAGUUCUGGAUAGUAUGCGAGCCGUGAGUAACUUUGAUGCACUGGGUCUCUCCAGUGCCAAGCCCAUGAUUGUCGGCACUGGAUAUUCGGGUGGUGCGAUUGCAACGGGUUGGGCGGCUUCUCUGCAGCCCAGCUAUGCCCCCGAACUGAACAUCAAGGGCUGGGCCCAAGGUGGCACACCAGCCAAUCUGACGGGUACUAUGUUGUUCAUCGAUGAUACUACAUUCAGUGGUUUCCUCCCUCCGGCCGUAGCCGGUCUAUCUGCACCUAGUGCAUAUGGUGCUUCGUUGAACCCCGUUCUUGAUGAGAUUCUUACCUCGGAGGGCCGAUCUAUUGUCGAAACAGCCCAGACAGUCUGCGCCGUUGAGGAUAUCCUCAAUUUCGCCGACAAGUCAUUAUUUUCUACCAGCAUUCAAAGCCUCGGUGACAAUCUGCUCUAUGAGACUACCAUCCAGUCCAUCCUCCAAAAGUGUAGCAUGGGGGUGACCGAGACGGAAACACCAACUGCGCCAGUAUUUGUCUAUCAUGCAUCGCAGGAUGAAAUCAUUCCUUAUGCGAACGCAUCGACAUUGGUGGAUUCAUGGUGUAAGUAUGGGGCCGAUGUCAAAUUCACGACAUUUGCCAAUGGUGGCCAUGCGACCACUGAGGUCAUCGGUUUACCGGAUACCAUCAACUUUGUUGAGGCGGCGUUUGCGGGCACCACUCAGAGUGGCUGCUCAAGUAACACCGAGUUGGCUAGUCUUCUUAAUCCCAUUGCACUCGGGGUGGAAUUAGAACCUAUCUUGACGAAAUUGCUGGAGGUUCUUACUACCCUUGGCACCAGUGAUUCGAACGUGAAGGAGAAUCUAAAUAUCCUGAGUGAUGUGGUCAAAUGGUAA